GUCCUCUAGAGCCUUCAAAAGAAACACAGCCCUGCCGACCUGUUAUAGACUCUGAUCUUCAGAACCCUAAGACAAUAAAUUUGUAUGGUUUGAAGCCAUGAAGUGCGUGGUCGUAUGUCACAGCAGCGACAGAGAAGGAGCACCUUAGGUGUGUGACUUGAGCUGGUCGCUGAGCUUCUCAAGGCCACACCUUUCAUAUCUGUGAGUGGAAAGGACAGUGAUGCCAGUUGAGGCUUGCCCUGAGGACAAAUCAGGAAAUGAAUGGAUGGUGUUAGGUGCGGAGCCUGACAUCAGCUGACACGUUCUCCCCUGCUAGACCACAAGCACCACAAGAAUUAAGAAAUUGUGUCCACUUGGUUUACGGCCAACCAACCUCAAGUGCUGAGCAGUGUCUGGCCCUUGGUGGGCCUGGACACGUCUGCGCUGAAAGAAGGGAGAGUGAGAGCUGCCUUUCUGGACAGGGUCGGGGCCCCAGGCUCCAAGUUCCAGGGGAAGAGGUCAUCUGAGAGAGGAUAAUCAUCUUUUUGUAACGACCACGCUGAGGAUUAGAAUAGAGGAGACAAGGACUACAAAGACUCCUAGUAUGGUGCCAGGCACAUGCCAUCUGCCCAGUGGAGGGAAAUGGAAACCACUUUUCCCUCCCUGUCCCUCCCUCCUGUCUGUCUCUCUUCACUCAAGUCAACAGAGGCCCAGGCCAUACUGUGUUCCAGGCUGCCUGUCUGGCCUGUUGAGAAAACAGUGAAAAAUCCCCGAGUGAAGAAGCUUACAGGCCCGUGGCUACCUCCCUGGGUCCCGCAGCACCUGCUCCUGUUGGGAAGCUGUAAGCACACCUGUUAGGGCACAGGCCCCACCCCCCUGGAGCCUAGCCGCCCCUAGGAAGGGUGGGGCUGGUUGCCAAGGUGCCAAGGCCUCAGGUAGCAGCUAUCUUGGGUUGCGGAUCCGGAAGCAGGAAGUAGCCUGUGUUCUCAGGACCUGGCAACUGGCUGACUGGGGGAGCCUGGAGGCUGAAGGCUGGAGCUGAGAUGGCCUUGGCAGAAGACCUGGAGAAGGAGCUGGAGACCACGGCCCAGGAAGUGCUGGGGAAACUGAGGAGCCGUCAGCUGUUCCAGUCCAGGUGGGACACUGCUGCCUUCAUCAUCUUUCUCAUCUUCCUUGGCACUGUGUUGCUGCUGCUGCUGCUUGUUUGCAUCCACUGCUGCUGCUAUAGCUGCUGCAGCCGCCGCACCUCCAGAUCCCAGAAGGUGAGCCCCCAUCAGGAACACCGCAGGGGUGUGGAUAACUUGGCCCUGGAACCUUAACACACCGAGCCCCCCAGCCCCUCUGCCCGUGUGUCCUGCUGGGCAACAGGAACAAUGCCUUGUUUGUCCAGAACCUGA